AUGGCCCUCCUGUCGCGGUCGCUCCGCGGCUCUGUGCGACGGCCUGAACCCGGUCUGGAGAAAGGCGACCGUCGCAGCUCCCCCGACUGUCUCGAUACCUCCAAAGAUUCAAAAUCUCGUAACCCCUUGAAACCGACGCGCCCGCGCACCAAUCGCACUCGCCGCGACUCCUCUUCGUCAGUUGACACAGUCGCCUCGGGGCAAUUGACCACUCCGGCGACACGGACAAAUGGAAAUGGUCUCUUCAAGACCCCACGCGCCCGCCGUGACCCAAGUACACCCUCCGUCACGGACUUGUUGCGCGACGUCAACGAGUCGCCAGACCCAUUGGACACAAUCUCCCCAGCGCCCUCGGUCGCGAAACAGCGCAUCGUUACCCCGGCAAAUGGGGACUCGAAUCUCAGACCCGGUUCGCCUGUGACCCGCACAACUCGUCGCAAUGACAGUCGAUCGCUGGCCGACGACAACGCGACCAAGGUAGAGGGGGCUGUGGGGGGUGCGACAGCGCCACGAGAUAUCAAGAACGAGGCGCCCGAACAGCCUACAUCGGUAGACACACGGUCGGGGAGACGGUCUUUGCGUUCAACCGAUACCGGAUCACGGUGCAAGAGCGAGCUUGCGCAGUAUUUCCACAACUAUGAACAGAUUAUCAGUCUGGAAGACCCCGAACCUGAAUUCCUCGCCGCCAAGACAACCAUCACUCUCAUCGACGACCUCUCACAACCACCUCUCUCCUCCAAACCCGACCCUACACCUUUCGGCAACCCACUCCUAAAGCUCUACGACUGUGAAAAGAUCACCCUCCCCAAACCCACAUCAAAUGCACCCGCAAUCGACCCACUAGGCGAAGAGACCUAUUUCCGCGCGCACCGCAAGUUCGAACGACAGGAGAAACAACUCCGCAACAUCGAGCGCAACCGCGCCCAGCACGAACAACAAGUCCUAGAGCGUCUCCUAGACGAGCUACGCGGCCAUGACUGGCUACGCGUGAUGGGCCUGACAGGGGUCCAUGAAAGCGACAAGAAGCUCUACGAGCCGAAGCGCGAUAUCCUAAUCCAAGAGCUAGUCACUCUAGUCAACAAGUUCCAAGCAUGGAAAGACGAAGAGCGUCGACGGAAACUGGAGAAGGAAAAAGCACAAACAGCAGGCGAGGCAUCUCAUGCCCCCCGACAACACACGCGCAAACGAUCCCGUCCCAUCGAAGAGGUGGACAGCUCCCCAGCGCCGAUUGAUUUACAAAGUACGCUCGACGACGCCGACCCAGAUCCAAGUGACAUCGACGCCUUGGCUGCACGUCAACUCCAUCAAGAAGCCCGCUCAGCAGUCGCUGUCAAAUCGCGCAAGACAGCGCCUCGCAAAUCUAUCUCCAAACCCAACAAUACUACCAAUACGACCGACAAUGACCCCGAACCAAAACAGACACCGAAACGCAAAAAGCUAAACCAAACACCCACCAAACCUCAAUCACAGCCCCCACCCCCAGCCCCAGCUUCAGCCCCGACAAAACCCACCCGACCCCUCCAACAAGCCUCCCUCACCCACUUCUGGAACCCAGCCCCAAGAGACGGCCCAUUCACAUCCUUCUUCCGCCAACGACACGUGCGACAAGCCGCCAUUGCCGCAACAAAAGGCAUCCGCCGCGGUGGAUCCCGCUCAACCCUCGCAUUCGGAUAUCCAGUCCCCGAACAAUCCGAGCAGGAAUUCGAGUUACCGCCGGAUAUCCUGAAUGAGGAAUCUAUUAUGCAAUCGCAGCGGAAGAGAAGGAGACUUAAGAGGGGUAGUCUGGGAUAA